AGAGAUGGGCUGCUCAGCCCACUCCAGCGUUACAGCCUGCGACACUGCUUCGUCUCUGCCAGACUGCUUCCGCCCCUCACCGAAUCCGAUGGCUACACCGCCCUCUUCCCCCGCCCCCGCGCCGUCGGAGCCGGCGACCGAGUCGCCGUCCCCGUACCCAUCCACCAUCACGGAUGGCGCGGCCUCCGGCACGCUCCCGGCGGCCGAGGCCUUCGCGGUGCACUACCCGGGCUACCCCUCAUCCCCCGCGCGCGCGGCGCGCACCCUCGGCGGCCUACCUGCCAUCGCCAAGGUCCGGAGCUCCGACCCCGGCGCCCGACUGGAGCUCCGCUUCCGCCCCGAGGACCCCUACUGCCACCAGGCCUUCGGCGAGUCCCGCGCCUCCACGGGCCUAGUGCUCCGCCUCUCCAGGCGCAAGGGCGACGCAGCGCCGCGCGCCGAGGUGGUCGCGCGCGUUCGGACCGCCUACCAUUUCGAAGGUAUGGCAGAUUUUCAGCAUGUUGUUCCAGUGCAUGCUGCACAAGUAAGAAAAAGAAAACGAUCAAAUUCACAAAAUGAUAAUGAACAUUUAGAUAAGACAAGACAUCAGGAAACAGAUGAUGGAGAUGUCAUGAUGUUGGUACCCCCACUCUUCUCAGUGAAGGAUAGACCAACAAAGAUAGCGCUUCUACCAUCAUCAAAUGCAGUAUCUAAAAGCAUGCACAGGGGAGUCGUACAAGAACGAUGGGAGAUGAAGGUUGGACCAACUCUUGCUCUUCCUUUCAACAUUCAAGUUGUUCCGGGGAAGAUUAAUUGGGAAGACCAUGUACGAAAGAAUUCAGUAGAUUGGGACUGGCAAAUGGCUGUCUGCAAAUUGUUUGAAGAGCGUCCAGUGUGGCCAAGGCAAUCACUUUAUGAACGUCUGCAAGACGAUGGUGUGCAUGUCUCACAAAACCAAUUCAAAAGGCUUCUGUUUAGAGCUGGAUACUACUUCUCUACAGGACCUUUUGGUAAAUUCUGGAUCAGAAGAGGAUAUGACCCUCGUAAAGAUCCUGACUCACGAAUAUAUCAGAGAAUUGACUUUCGUGUGCCUCCUGAGCUAAGAAAUCUUCUAAGGACAAAGGAUUCUGGAUCUCAAAAGUGGGCAGAGAUGUGCAAGCUUGAAGUGAUGCCAUCUCAGAGUUUCAUCUUUCUGCAAUUAUUUGAACUGAAGGAUGACUUUAUUCAAGAAGAAAUUCGAAAACCUUCUUAUCAAUCAAUUUGUUCACGUUUUACAGGAUGGUUUUCUAAGCCAAUGAUGAAAACUCUGAGGUUGCAAGUGAGCAUAAGGUUCCUUUCUUUAUUACCUAGUGAAGAGGCAAAAAGCUUGUUGAGGAAUGCCCAUGAACUUAUUGAAAGGUCCAAGAAGCAGGAAGCCCUUUGGAGAUCUGAGCGAUCAAAAGAGGAUAAGCAUGUUGAUGAAGAAGCUCCUGCCACACAUACUGGAACUGAGGAUCAAGUUGGCCUUAACAACUCUGAUAGUGAGGAUGUAGAUGAUGAAGAAGAGGAAGAGGAGUCUGAUGGCUAUGAUUCUCCACCUAUGGCAGAGGGUUUUCGUGGUUUCACCUUGGAUGAUUCCUAUGCCAUCGGUGAAGGCUUCUCCAAUGGAUACCUCGAAGAAGUGCUGCGCAGCUUUCCAUUGCAGGAAGAUGGCCAAAACAGAUCAGCUGAUGCCCCUAAUGCUGAUGGUAGUGAUGGGGAGUUUGAAAUUUUCGAACAACACAGUGACGAGGAGUCGUCCGAUGGUUAGAUUGGUUUUCAUGGGAGUUGAUCUUCCACAGCUUCAAUUUUGCAAGCAAUAUAUCAGAUGCAUGUAAGAAUUGCAUUUCAUGACUUUUGUUAAAUUAUCGUUUUCAUUUCGUUGGGUACU